UAUGCUGUCAGAUUCUGCUAAUGUCAUGUAUUCGCGUAGGUUCUUAAAAUUACUAACCGAGAAAAGGAUACUUGCGCAAAUUUGUCGAAUGUAGUUCACAUUAUCAGUCAAGAAAAAGUGAUAUUGCUGGAACCCCGACUGAAGGAAAAGUGCUUUGAAGUUGUUGUUUUUUUCCCUCUAAUGCAAGUCUCCCCUCGUCGCCAGACAGCAUGAACGUGUCCGGAUCAUGGCGCGUCGGAGAUUCUUCCGCUCCCGCGCUGGAGAUGCAGGAGAAGCCGGACGCGCGUGCCAACCGGGACUGUACCGUGGCGCCGGUGGUCGCGCAGCGCCGAGUCUCUCACCUGUACGGGUACGGCCACCGGAUGUCCGUGUACAGCACCACGCGCCCCGUCCUCACGCGCGCUUACCUUCAAGGACAGGUGUACAACUUUUUGGAAAGACCGACGGGUUGGAAAUGCUUUGUGUAUCACUUUACUGUGUUUUUGAUUGUGUUAUCUUGCCUGAUCCUCAGCGUCCUGUCCACUAUUGAUCAGUAUCAGGCUUUGGCCCAAGAAACACUUUUCUGGGUGGAAAUAGUGUUGGUGGUAUUUUUCGGAGUGGAGUAUGUGGUGAGGCUGUGGUCUGCAGGAUGCCGGAGCAAAUAUGUGGGUAUUCUGGGGAGGCUCCGCUUUGCAAGAAAGCCCAUCUCUAUCAUUGACUUAAUUGUGGUGGUGGCCUCGGUCAUUGUUCUUUCAGUAGGCUCUAAUGGGCAGGUCUUUGCUACCUCCGCCGUCAGAGGCAUCCGCUUUUUGCAGAUCCUCCGAAUGUUGCAUGUCGAUCGUCAGGGAGGAACCUGGAGGCUGCUGGGAUCGGUGGUCUUCAUCCAUCGCCAGGAACUAAUUACAACACUCUACAUUGGAUUCUUGGGUCUGAUCUUCUGCUCGUACUUUGUGUACCUGGCAGAAAAAGACGCUGUGGACAGCAGUGGAGUCACAGAGUUUGCCAGCUAUGCUGAUGCUCUGUGGUGGGGAGUGGUGACAGUGACUACCAUAGGGUACGGGGACAAGGUGCCACAGACAUGGAUAGGGAAAACCAUUGGUUCCUGUUUUGCCGUCUUUGCAAUGUCUUUCUUUGCCCUGCCAGCUGGGAUUCUAGGUUCAGGUUUUGCCCUGAAAGUUCAGCAGAAACAGAGACAAAAGCACUUCAACAGACAAAUUCCUGCUGCAGCCUGUCUUAUACAGACAUCCUGGAGAUGUUUUGCAAUAGAAAACCCUGAAUCUUCUACCUAUAAGAUGUUUGUGCGAAGGAAGCACGUGUUAUCGAGUCACACAGCAUUCAGUCCUAAGGUUAAAAAAACUGUAAAAAUGAGAAGAAAGGUAAAGUCCAAUGACAAAAACAAUGGGCCAAGCUCUCCUACAAUCCCUACAAUCACCUUUGAUUCAGUGUUUGAUGAUGGCCGGGACCAGAGUCAGGAUACAGUGUAUAGCACUGAAACAUCAGUAAAAGCAUUUGCUCAGAGAAGAUUCGAACGACAGCAGUCCUGGACUUCAAUAUCCUCCGUCCAGUUCACCCCUCCUCCAGUAAAGCAAAGCUCAGAAUUUUUAGAGGUGCAAACACGGCCUCCACUACAGAGGAGCAGCAGUUUUACAGAUGACCUGGAAAUUGAACCAGAGAGGGACAUCCUUCUCCUGCCUGUCUCUGAUGUGUCUGAAUUGCGAGAAACCCAUCGGGCGGCUAUCAGAGUGAUCCAGAGAAUGCGCUAUUUUGUGGCCAAAAAAAGAUUUCAGCAAGCACGUAAGCCAUAUGAUGUCCGGGAUGUGAUCGAGCAGUACUCUCAAGGCCACGUCAACCUCAUGGUGCGCAUCAAGGAGCUGCAGAGGAGACUGGAUCAGAGUUUGGGGAAAAUGUCCUUAUUCCAGACAAGUUCGGAGCGGGUUAGAGACAGAGGCACAAACACAAUUGGCUCCAGACUUACAAGGAUGGAGGACAAGAUCACACAUAUGGACAAGACUCUGAACCGCAUGGCGGAAUCGCUGAACCUCCUUGUGAAGAGGGAGAGCGAUGUGAGCAGUGUGGUAGGAGCAGUCGAAGGUGAACGGACGCACACGCAAACACACGACCUCAGUCUGCCCACAUAUGAACAGCUAUGUCCGUCUGCCCUCGAGGAGAGCUCUUGAGCUGGAGUAGCCUCCAAACGCAACUGCCUUGUACAAGUUGGAGACGAGUAGACAGACAAAUGAACACUAAAUCUGUACUUAAGCUUCAUUAGAUUUACUCAGUUGGACCAAUCAUAACAAGUCACUCUGUAAGACGGUUUUAAAAAAAGAUGGAAUCUCUCAUACACGUAUAGUAGGACUUGGAUUGCUGAUUAGGUGUGGUGUGUUUACUGCAUAAGGAAAAUAUGUAAGAUCAUUUUUAUUUGCUCCAGUUUCUUGAUAUGCUAUUUGAUAUUAAAUCAGGGUUUUUAUGGUUUUAAAGCAAGGUAUGGGGAUGCUUAUGGCAAACUAUACACAUCCGAAUGGUUGCAUAAAUAUUUAUUUAUUCCAGCCAUCGGGUUGUUUUGCAAUCUGUACAUUUGAAAUCGAGUUUAUUUAUUACAACAUGUGUACAUUAAUUCACAAAUGCAUACAUGUACCGAUUUCUGGUUGCAUAAAAAUAUUAGUUUUUUUUAGAUAAUGAACCAGAUGUUAUCUGGUUUUAUUCCAUUACCAACACUGCUAAAUCAUUUUCUUGAUUUUUA